ACACGUGUGCCGGGAUAAGAGGCCGCCCUCUUCAGUUCUCUCUCUCUCUCUCUUUCUCAAUCGCCCUCUUAACCCUCGUAUAAUUUGAUCGGUCUUAUCCGGGGGAAUCAAUCGCGAUCAGUAUGGGCGGAGGAGGAGGCAUCAAGGCGGCGGCGAAGCUCGCCGGGAUCGGCGUUGCCAACAGCGCGUACUACCGAAGCCUCACGCCGGAUCACCCGGUAUGCGCCGCUGCGCGUAAGGUCGCUCGCCCGGUCUCCAUCUUCGCGGGCUCUGACGACGGCAAGGGGCUUCCGCUCUCUGUCUCGGCGGUGGAUGGGGCGGCUGUGCAGAAUCCUUGUUCGGACUUCGAUGAGUGGGAAUUUCCGGAGGUGGAGGACGGGCCGCCGCCUCGGGUCAUUUUCGCAGGCGCGCCUACUCUUCAAGAAGCCAAGGAGGCCACCUCUGACCUAAAAGAAGCAAUUGAGAAUAUGUUCUUGUCACCUGGGAACAAAUUUGGAGGUUCUAGAGCCACCGAAUCAGAUCUCGCGUCAAGUUUUAAUGGUUUGGAGACUAAAUUUUGUGUUAAUGCUGAGACAAGCGCUGUUAAGGGCUCGACACCUACAAAUGUCUUACGGGCAUUCAAGUUACUCUAUGAAAGUUCUGAUGCCCAGAAUGUUGUUGCUUCAAUUGCUUGUGAUCCAAAUGUUAACAGAGCUGUAAUGGCCAAUCCCGAGCUGCAGAAUUUCAUUGCAUCAUACAAAAGUGCAUAUCUGGCCAGAGAGAGCGACGAUGACAUGGAUGAAUCUGUUGGGGAGAAUGGACCGUCGCCACAUGAAGCCACACCAGAUUGUGUAGAAAGUUCUAUAGGUGGUGGGGUUGCAGGUUUCUUCAAGAAUAUGAAAGUGGCUGUGAGUGAUAUGAUGAACAGCCUCUCUGGUUACAUCGAAAAGUUGUUCGGGGGCUUCAAUCUGGCGGGGGUGAACGCCGAUGGAACUGCAAAACUCAGUGGCGUUGACAUGACAAUCGGUGCUUCGUUUUUAGGAUUGGCUGUGAUGGUGAUCAUGGUCGUUUUCCUGAAACGACCUUAAUUGCCUCAAUGCACCAAUUUGCCGAAACUAUGUUCAUUAGCUUGUCAUGAACAACUUGUUUGUUUUGAAUUCACUGUCGUAUGUUCUGAAACCAUGUUAAGAGCUUUGGGUUUCUUGUUUUAGAUUCACUCCAUUUACUAUGAGUUUAUGCACGUGCAUUAUGACAUUCUCUCGUGCUAUAGAAAAAUUUCACAUUUUCUAAAAAUUUAUCUCAAAACAAAUUACUUUUUCGUUU